GCAAUUCCUUCAAGCAGCCCUUAUACAUCCGGGGUUCCAAGUCCUUCGACAUGCACCCUCCCAAAGCUGACUCGAACGGCGAACCCGAUGCUCACGCGCAUGGCGUGGUUGCCACAUGGGCCGAUCUGGCGCUUGCGCGGUGCUGGCUUCGCGCGUGCACGCAGAACCAUCUGGACUGCGGCCCUCUCAUAAAAGGGAGUGCUACUGCGACGCUCCACCCGCGGACGCGGUUCAUCGACGUGCGCCUCUGGCGGCUUGUGCAGCUGGACGAGAUCCUCCUCCCCGUCCCCCUCGAGUACGUCGCGCUGAGUUACGUCUGGGGCAGCGAUGCCUACCAGCUGCGUAUGGUCACCGCCAACCUCGCGGCGUUCAAGCGACGCCUCCCGGAGAGCACGAGCACUGGUGCGGAGAGACUGCCGAAGACGAUCGUGGACGCGAUGCUCGUGACGCGCGCGCUGGGGUACCGUUUCCUCUGGGUGGACGCACUGUGCAUCGUCCAAGACUCGCGCGAGGACCUCGAGGACCAGCUGACGCAGAUGGGUGCAAUAUAUGCGCUCGCCACCACAACGAUCGCGGCGCGCGGCAGCCGCUCAUCUGAUACCGGGCUCCCAGGCGUAUCUGUACCGCGCGGCCGGAUCGGCAACUCCGACUGUAGCUGGGAUUCCGAAGUGGCGGCGGCGAACGGGCUGUGUGUCGGCGCAUGGACGUUCCACCCUGAUGAGCAGUACGAGGAGAAGCACGGCGCGCUUGCGGACAAGCGGUGCUACAUAUGGCGGGGCUGGACGUUCCAGGAGCAGAUACUGUCAACGCGCAGCCUCGAGUUCAGCCCGCAGCGCAUGGUGUUGUGGUGCGGGAGGAAGAUGUCGCGCCCGGACAGCGGCUACAGCGGGAGCGCGUCCGAGAUGUACGACCCACACCACUUCCGCCAUGCCAUCCGGAGGUACCUUUCGCAGAAGGGUGCUGCCUCUGAUGUUGGAGGUUCUGCGAGUGGCAUCGACGACAGGUGGCUCCUGGCACGAUGGAACACCAUCCGGGACACGUACUCGACGCGUUCCUUGACCUAUGCGCUCGACAGGAGGCGCGCGAUCAUGGGUACAGCGAAAGUGCUCAACGACGUAAUCGGUGGGAUCGACAGCGGAGGCCACAUCAGAACGAAUCUCCACACAGAGUUGCUCUGGUAUCUGGACCUGAAGACCGAUAGAGCCCAGAAGAUGCUCGUCAAGUUCUCCCGCGAUCAGGCUCCGGAUGGCUUGUUCCCUUCGUGGUCGUGGUUGAACCUAUGGCCGGUGACCUGGCCGGCACUCGGCGAACCACUUCCAGACGUCACUGUCAGGAUAUCGAGCCAUUCAGAGGUCACGAGCAAUACCGCGGUAGAGAUUGAUGCAAGAGCACUCGAGCUACGACUUACGGAGACCCUUGACGGAGGGAGAAAACUGGUCUACCCUGACGGAAGCCCUGCGAAUAUCACUGUACGGCUUGAUUCAGUGACGGAAACAGGGUUGAUGAUUACGUGCGUCCCUCUCGCCCGAGGCAUUUCCAUCAUGUGGUGGGAACAGGAGCUAUUGCUCCUACGUCGCGUAGAAGAGCACUACGUUCGUAUCGGGAUGGGAUCUUUACCAGAGCACGACUCCGAGAGGUUCAGCGAAUAUCUGUAUUCAGAAGAGGGUCAGAGAAGGGUUAUCGUCUGUUACUAGUCUAGUAAACAUGUGCGUGCCUCGCGUUGCGGAACUUACACCUGGGAGGGGUAACGAGG